AUGUCAAUUUCAUCUGUCGACCAUCAGCAGCACCAGCAAACAAAAGAGAACGAUUUCGGUAUUACCAGCAUGAGCGAUACUAUCGAGCCAAAGAAAUGCAGCACAUCGCAACAACUAUACCAGCAUCAAAAGCAUCAUCAGCAGCAGCAUCCAUCAACACAACGUCAAUGUGACAGUAAUGGCAUGAGCGAAUGGGUGGUACCAAAGGUCAAAUCACUAGAUCAAACACACCAUAAACUCCGGAUGAUAGUCUGUGGUGAUUCAGGCAUUGGAAAGACAUCAUUGGUCCAUGCUCUAACAUCUACAUUACCACUACCCGAGGAGGAGGACAGCCAUGUCGCCAACCCAGUGCUAGAGCCUAUUGAAGUACUAUCCAUCGAUGCAGAUUUAUGUGUCAUAGAUACUUGUGGUUACGGUGCAUUAUUAAGGGCUGAAAUUGUGUUUUCGCAUGUAAAAUCUUAUCUUGAAACACAAUUUGAGAAAACAACACACUUGUUUAAUACCAACAUACAAGACGAACUGCUGUCAUUCAUGGUACAUCAGUCCAGUGAUGUACUCUGUCAUGUUGAUGCCUGUCUUUACCUCAUAAUGGGUCGUCUGAAGCCUGUCGAUGUGGAAUACAUGCGAUCGAUUCAUGACCUGGUCAACAUUAUACCCGUGAUCAUACAGCCUGACCUCUCUCUUAGACCUGAAGCAAUGAUCGAGCAAAGGAUUGAUAUCCUGAACGUUAUGCACAGCCAUUCGAUUAAAUUCAGUUACCUUGGUUACAAAUCAUUUCAAGAUCUACUUGGUGCAUGUAGACAGCCUUCGCUGAACCCGCAUUGUCCUCCUUUUGUGUUGGACUGGUCUACCAGCAAAAAAUCCUCUUUCCAUGGACUACUGCCGCUGAAACAGGCCCUCCUCUCAUCCAAAUCACUCAGAUUAUACACAACGCAGAAAUUCAUCGCAUGGAGACAGCAUUUAUGCAACUCAUUUUCGACCAAUUCAUCGUCAUCCACCACUACAACCACCGCAUCGUCAUCCUCCUCAUUACAGCAGCAGGAACAGCAAAAGAACAACAUUCGCAUAUCACAAUAUGUGAGCAAAAGACGUCAUAGUAUGGAGAAGGAAAUGCUGCUUCAAGAAAAGAAGCUGAGACAGGAAUUUCAAUUAGCAAGCAAACAAAGACGAAGCGAGUUGAUUUUGAAAGAAAUCAAUGCACUUGUUCAACAAGACGGCAGCAACAAACUGCUUAUCAGGUACCAACAACAACAGCAGCAGCAGCAACCAUUACAGCAGCCAUCAGCAGCACAGGACCAGCAAAUGAGGCCAACACAAAUAUACCCCAUGACUCAUUCUCCAUUCUGGAUUGCUUUAUCUAUCUUUUUAUCAAUAUUUAUUUGUUAUCAGAAUUGGAAUUGGUGGACGUAUUAUUAA